AUGAAGCUUCAAACUGGAGUCUCGAGCAAAGACCUCAACACUCUCAAAGAAUUGUCCGAACUGGAAAAAUACAAGGAAGCCAAGGAAGCUGUGGCGAUGAACGCGAAAAAUGCGGAGACUGAGGAGAAGGAAGUGCUGAAAGAGAAGGAGGAAGAACAGGAAACUGACGUCCUUCAGAAGCUCAAGUAAGUAUUCUGAUGGAUAAGACCUUCAUACUACGAAUUUUUAAGAAAAUCUUUCUUUAGUGCCACCAAAUGUGUUUCAACGUCGGAGCACUGCUUCCUCAAGUGGGAUAACUGCUUCCUGAAAGCGGACAACUGCUGCGUCGUCAAAGUCGUCAAAGUCGUUCGAAAAUUGACCAACUGA